UAAACAUCACUGUUGCGUUCGCGCAGACUCUUUGAGCGCUCGCAUUCUAUCGCUAACUCCGCGCCGGCGCCUACCUACAAACUGCUUAACAAAUCGUGAAAUGAACGUGGUAUUGUGAAAAUAAAAAGUGAAUUAGUAAAUUGAACUUAGAUAGUUAUUUGACAACGAAAUGGCUAUUUUAACUUUUGAAAAGAUUACGGGGGUAGUGCCCGUGCGGUUUAACGUAUGGGUAAUGCUGUUCACGAGCUGCUGGGUGGCUUACAUGCUGAGGGUCAACAUGAGCCUCAACAUCAUCGCAAUGGUGCCACAAGUCGAGAGCAAUACCACGUCACAUUCUCAGUGUAACGCUAAAGAUGAUCCAAUAAGGAACGAAACUUUGAGGCACGCUGACAUUGCCGACGUUAGGCAGGCUCCGAGACAGAUACCUGGCGCGGGGUCUUUCGACUGGAGCCCUGAGCAACAAGCCCUGAUCCUCGGCUCGUACUUCUGGUGCUAUCCCGUGACGUCAUUAGUGGGCGGCAUGGCGGCGGAGCGCUGGGGCCCGCGCUACGUCGUGCUGAUAAUGUCACUGCUGAGCGGACUGUUGACCAUUAUAAGUCCCGCUGCGGCCCGCCUGCAUUAUGUCGCUAUUGUCGUUGUGCGGUUUUUACUCGGCAUUGCUGGCGGAUUCAUCUACCCGGCGCUCCACGCUUUAAUCGCAAGAUGGGCGCCACCAACAGAAAAGGGAAAAUUCGUCAGCGCAAUGAUGGGAGGAACCAUGGGUACUGUGAUGACUUGGUCUGUCACGGGUCCUUUAGUGGAGAAAUUCGGGUGGGCCUCAGCUUUCUACGUUCCAGGCGUGUUGACUUUGAUCUGGUGUGCAGUGUGGUGGUAUAUUGUGGCCGAUUCACCGGCAGAACAUCCGAGAAUCAGUGAUAAAGAAAGAAAGUACAUUCAGGAUGCUUUGGGAGACAAAGUCAAGAAAUCAAAGGGUCUCCCGCCGUUCAAGAGUAUUUUGACAUCAUUUCCUUUCCUGGCCAUGGUUAUAUUGCACUACGGAAAUCUCUGGGGCUUGUAUUUUAUAAUGACCGUGGGGCCAAAGUUCGUGUCAAGCGUGCUAGGCUUCCAGCUCUCAGCCGCCGGUGUCAUAUCAGCCUUGCCGUAUUUGGCCAGAUUAUUCUUAUCUGCGAUAUUUGGAGUGCUAGGGGACUGCAUUUUGACGAGAAAUCUUAUGACGACGACCCGGAUUAGGAAAUUCUUUUGUUUGUUCUCGCACAUAAUCCCUGGGGUGUUUUUGAUAUUGCUGGUGUACGCGGGGUGCUCGACGGCAUUAUCCGUUGCCUUGAUUACUCUGUCGAUGGGGGCCAACGGCGCGGCUACGCUCACCAACCUUCAGAAUCACCAGGACCUCGCACCGAAUUACGCCGGGAGCUUGUAUGGCAUUGCAAAUGCCAUUGGAAGCACUGCUGGGUUCUUCACCCCGAUGAUUACAGCCUACUUUACAAGGAAUGGGAAUGGCUUUGAGCAGUGGCGGCCAGUAUUUUUCGUCGGAGCCUCGGUGUACAUAGUGUCAGCCAUCUUCUUUAUAUUCUUUGGAACUGGAGAGACUCAGGAGUGGAACUUUCCUAAAGAGAAGGAUGAGCAGUCAGAUGGCAAAUCAAAGAAGAUCGAUCUCAAAGAUGCGAAAGACACUCCACUUAGUGUAAUUAGUACCUAGUAAUUUUUAGAAAAAAAUGUUUAUCAAAUUUAGCUUUAUUUAUAGGACUUUUAAAUAUGAUAAUGGUAUGAUCUGAGUAUCAAAUAGUAUUUCAUGAAUCGACUUUAAUCAUAAGGUUAGGUAUCAGUUAGUAAUGUUUCAUUUAUGAUGCCUUUGAAUCAUGAAGAAGUUCAGCCAUAAUUUGCCAUUUGACUUGUUUUCACUAAAAGUGGAUAACCUUGGAAUUUGUUAUUAACACUUUUACUGUCCAUGCAUUACAUGACAUACACCGUCUAACUAGUUCUGUCACGUCCAAGUGACAUCAGAAAUGGAUGGCUCUAUACAUUUGUGCAUUACCUGUAAUGCACGGACGUAUCGGUCCAUGUCAGUAGUGAAGGCGAGGGACAGUUAAAGUGUUAAACACUGUCGAUUAUUUCCUACUAAAGUAGCUAAACCCAUUAUUGAGUAACAUAUUUAUUUAUAUAAUGGAAGAUUAGCAGCAGUAUACUAUUAAAUGGCAUUUAUAGACAAGUAAAAUACAAAUUCUGCAUAUUACUUGUACUUGUAGUUUGUAUUUAGAUUUAGAACUGUAUUUUACUUAGGUACUUACUGUAGAAGUUUAUAAAAGAUUGAAUGUAUAAAUGAUGUAUCAUGUUGAUAGUAUUUGACAAAUAAUAAUUUAUUCAUAUACGAGUAUAAAAUUUAACAGACUGUGAUUGUAUUUAUUUUAUAUUUUACCAAAUCGUGACCAAAUGGAAUGUGAUGUAGUUUUAGGUUUAUUUAGUACCGAUUGGACAUUCCCGUGGCUCGUGCCUCAAAUCUCAGCACUUUAAUCCAUAUAAAUUUUAGGCAACUGCGAAAUUUUCUACGCUUUGCUUACGCUCAAAACGUAAUCGACAAUAGAAAAAUAAACGGUUGCAAGUUAUUUUCUAUCUGAUAAGUAGAUAAUCUCUGUAAUGUAAAAUUGUUGUAAAAUCUUAAUUAACUUUUGUAUCGAUGUAAGAUAACAGUCGCUGGUGCAGAUGCUAAGAAUUCCCUGUUUAGAUUAUUGUAAGUAACCCAGCGAUAAUAAAAAAAAUGCUGUGGCUGCAAUAGCAUUUUUUUAACUAUAUUUUUCUCUCUAGUGUGAUCGUUUUAUAUCAAGCAAAUUACUGUAAGAGCUUGACAUUCCUCUGUUAUUACUCGUAGACUAAAAAUGUGUGAAAUGUUUUAGGUGAUACAAGAUUAUAUAUGGACUCGACUGUACCGACGUACUGUUCAGGUGUUCAAUUUGAUACAAUGUAUGGAGACCAAGAUUUAUGUAACGUGAUUUCAGAGUUACUGUACCUAUAUAGUAAAUUUAGAAAUGAGUCAAAUCUUGUAUCACCUAUAAAAUGACACCCAGUAUUAUUCGUUCCGAUUUGAUUUAAGUAGUUCAAUGCUAUUUAUUAAUACGAAAUCUUUUACAGCAAUAGGUAUUUACGUUAUUGUUAAAGCUGUUACACCUGCGAGUGCACAUAUAUUAUCAAUGUAAGUGGACGAUUUACAGUUCAAUACAAGACACGUGUAUGGCAUCAUUCGGCACGUCUAUGUAUUAAUAUUCCAUUGUUGCGGAUGUUACCUAAGAUGUUACGUUAUGUGACGUUAACGUCUGCUGUGGUGACCGUUUUGUAAACCGUUUUAGUUAAAAUUUAAUGUGACAAAAUAAUUUGACGUAACGUAAAAUAUUUACUGCUUUAAAUAAAUGCGGAAAUAAUGAUCGUUAAUCGGUAUUAAUAAGCUUUCUUAUUUGUUUUAUCUCUAUUGAUUAAAAUUAAAAUUUUAAUAAACUCGAUAUGACAAGUA